AUGAGGCUGGCACAACGAAGCACGAGUCCGAUGCCAUCAGCUACGACGGUGGUGUGGCCGCGAAGCCUGAGUCCGACGUCAUCAGCUACAGUGUUGAGGACGGUCCCGUCAUGCGAGGAGGCCCGGCAGUGGUGCGAGAAGGGCCGGCAGUGGUGCGUGAAUGGCAUGCAGUGGUGCGAGAAGGGCGGGCGCUGGUGCGAAGAGUGCUUGCAGUGGUGCUCGACGGGCCGGCAGCGGAGCGAGAAGGGGCGGCAGUGGAGCGAGACGGCUUGGCAGUGGUGCGAGAAGGGCCAGCAGUUGUGCUAG